AUGAGGGGGCGGGGGCCGACACUUCCUACCCCAGGAAACAGGAAGCGUGAGGAAAGACCCAAACGUCCAGGGGGGCCCCAAGAGUUCGGGGGGGACCCCUCUCACCUCCCCCCCCCCGAUCACGAGCCUGUUGGUGCCAGCGGAGCCCCCCCCCAUCCCCCCCCCCCGCAAUGGACGCCACCUACGCCGUGGUCAACAAAACCCGCCGGGGGGGUGGGGCCGGAGGACGAGACUCCACCCCUUUUGGACAAGAUGCCACCUCUUUUGACCGAGACCACGCCCCUUUUGGGAAAGACCCCGCCCCUCCAGGCACCUCCCCCCUCCCUCCCUGGGAGCCCCCUGCGGCGCCCCUCCCCCACCCUGGCUGCUUCCCCCCGACCCGGUGACGGUGCCUACGAGGUCGUGACCCCCCACGGGGACCCCGGCAGCACCCCAUGUCUCGGAUUUAAUUUCCGUAUUGGGAAGCCCAAAGGACCGCGGGAACCCCCAGCUGAAUGGUCCCGGGUGUGAGGAAGGGGCCUGGAUGCCUUGGGGGGGGGGGGGCGGGG